GCAUAUAAAUGCAUUACUGUCCACAUCAGAAUUAUUCACCAGAUUGGAUAUAAAGAUGAGCGGUGAUAGUACAGACUGAGAAGAUCACAUGCUAUUAUAAACAGUGGUGUCUCUACGUACAUGAACCGCUACAGGUAAAUGUGCCUUACAAAUGGAACCAUCCAAAAUUCCGAUGUAACCACAUUCUCGCGUGUGCCGAAAAGACAACAUUUGUCACAUUUGACCCAGUUCGAGCUUGUUAAACCUGAUUGGAUUGUCCCCGACAGGACGACAAUUUCGUCUCGAUAGCUAUAACCAGAUGGGUCGCUUUCUUGUGCAAUAUUUAUCUGUGUUCAGUUUUUAGGGAUUUUCAGUUCUCAUAGGAUAUUGCACCUUAAACGGAAUAUAUAUCAAGACCUCGAGAUGGAUAAUCCUGUGUUUAAAGAUGGCACCGAUGAGAGCAAUAGCGAUAUUCGAAAGAGAAUAAAAGAGUUUCCAAAGGACGAAAAAGAUGGAAAUACCAAACCUAAUGCGGUCAAGCUCGAGAAACAGGUGGGGCUCAUCAGUGGCACUUCCUUCAUUGUCGGAACAAUCAUUGGGUCCGGAAUUUUUAUUUCCCCGAAAGGUGUACUGUCGGAGACCGGGUCGGUGGCGCUAAGUCUGAUUGUUUGGGCUGGGGCCGGAUUAUUGGCAUUAAUGGGAUCUCUAUGUUAUGCGGAGUUGGGGACCCUUAUUAGGAAAUCUGGUGGAGAGUAUCAGUACAUCAAACAGGCCUAUGGAAACGUGGCCGCAUUUUUGUAUGCAUGGACAUCCAUCAUAGUCAUUCGAACCUCCUCUAUGGCUAUCAUCUGCUUAACGUUCGGAGAAUAUGUUGCCACCUUCUUCCCUUAUUGUGGCAAUCCGGAACUUCCCACGAAACUAGUUGCUGCAUUAGCCAUACUGACCUUGGCCAUCAUUAAUUGUAUUGACACUCGCCUGGCCACUAACGUCCAGGUGUUUUUCACGGUCGCAAAGUUGAUCGCUCUGCUCAUAAUCUCUAUCGGAGGCAUAGUACGCUUGGCACAAGGGAAUAUCAAAGAACUACAGCGAGGAUUUGAAGGGACAACAAAUUCACCAUCUACGAUAGCAUUGGCUUUCUAUGAUGCUUUAUGGUCAUAUGAUGGUUGGAACAAUCUGAACUAUCUGACAGAAGAAAUCAAAAACCCUAAAAAGAACUUACCUCGUGCCAACAUAGCUGGUGUCCUUCUAGUGACUAUAAUAUACCUGCUAACCAACGUGUCGUACUUGACUGCAAUGACGUCAGCAGAACUGCUAGCUUCCGACGCAGUGGCAGUGACUUGGGGUGAUCGGGUCCUAGGUACUGCGGCCGUUUUGAUGCCACUUUCAGUCCUCUUUUCUACAUUCGGGUCUGCGAACGGAACUCUUUUCUCCGGCGGCAGAGUUGUUUACGUAGCAGCAAGGGACGGAAUGCUGCCAGAAAUGUUAUCAUACGUGAAUUGUAAACGUUCCACACCCGUAGCAUCCAUCAUAUUCACGACGAUAAUCUCUAUCGCCAUGGUAAUCCCUGGUAAUCUGUCAGAGCUCGUCGACUUCUUUAGCUUCACCGCUUGGAUAUUCUACGGCGUUACAGUUAGUUCACUCAUCGUCUGCAGGUUCACAAUGAAAGACGUGGAGAGAGUAUUCAAG